AUGCCACCACCACUACCAACUCGAUCAGCUGAUGAGCACGAUGCUCGUGCACUGGCAGAGAUCGAGGCCAGCUUGUUCCACAAUAUAAACGUCACUGAACGCCAGAAAGUGCACGAAAGCCAGACCAAGGACAAACACACCCUCUACAAUGUUCUACUGGAAAAUCAAAGCGGCAUCGUUGGUUUCAUCAGCCUUCAACCGCGUUAUGUCGACACUAGCUCUGAGAAAAGCUGUCUAUGGCCAGGGCUUGAUGGAAACGAAGUGCUCACUAAACUCGCUGCCGGCCAGAUGCCAACGAACCAGCUACUCGAUCUGGCAAUACGAGAGCAUCAUUCUCUGAAAGGAGCGGAUUUCCUCUUUGUACCAUCUCUCUGCGUUGUGAAAGACGAGCAGAAGAAAGGCUACGGAACAAACCUCCUCACGAAAGCUAAGGUAGUUGCAGAUCAGACCCAGACAAUGAUCAUACUUCUAGCCGAGGGUACUGUUCUCGAAGCAGCUCAAGAGUUCCGGAAAGCUGCCAUGAAAGACCAAGAAGACGCCGGGGCUGAAAAGGAUAAAGAAGUUCAAGCCUAUAACCUGAAUGACGCAAAAGAACGACUAGAAGUAGCAGAGAAGGCUUUGAAGAAGGAGGAAUACAGUUCUUCUUCAUCGUCAGUGCGGGUCCCAGCAGAAUUCUACCUAAAGCGUGGCUUCGAAACCCAUGGGCAUAUUCUCUGGCCACGAGCAGAGUCCUCACGUGAACUCUCCGGUGUGCCGCACAUCUAUCACAUCAUGGAGUACAACCCCCCGAAGGCUCUUGCAUCGCUGCGGAAGGAUUAA